AUGCCAAGAAGUCAACCUAUCGAGAAGCCCUUUGAGACCAUGGCCGGGGAUAGGAGUAAAGGUCAUGCCAUCAAAAACCAUUUCAUUGCUGCCACUGGAGAGUUCGUUGGCACCUUCUUCUUCCUCUACUUCGCCUUUGCUUGCCAACUCAUGGCGUUCGACCAAGCAAGUGACAAGGCACCAAAUGGAAGUAACAGUGCCUCGACAGUUGUCUACAUUGCCCUCGGCUAUGGCAUGUCGCUUCUUGUCGCUGUAUGGAUCUUGUUCAGAAUCAGCGGUGGACUCUUCAACCCAGCGUAG